AGAGACACCAUUAUUUGGGUGAUGGAUCAUCAUGUGUGGUCGCAGACAAAGGCGACGAGGCUGCAGCAGUGGCGCUGUCCUCCCUAAUACAGGCGCUGUACGAGACAAACAUGGUUGCCAUAGUGAGGAGGGUGUACAGUGCAGCAUCCGGACCUAAGUUGGGAUGUCUCAUACCACACAUCAAAGCUGACUAUGAGUGUUUGCUCUAUGUUGAGUUGCCGUUUAUGGAAGACGUACGACAGUUCACAUUUGGUAGCUUACCUAUUACCAAAGAAAAUCUGUCAACAGCAAAUAACAAAUUUGCUCCAUCUGGUAAGAAAACACGGUGGUUUUAGAUUAAAGAUGAGUAU